AUGGGCUGUUCUGCCGGAUCGCCUAUGAAGGACAAGGUGAAGCUGGAAGCGCUCCAGAACAUGCAGGCCCGGUUCCCUUUGCGACGGCCCGCCUUGCCCGGAGACGUCCUUGUCAGUGGCAAUCUGCCCUCCGAUGUGGUGGGGCAGCUGGCAAGUCACUGCAAGGGAUGGCUCUAUCUGAACGAAACCUCGGAUGAGCACUACUUCGCAGCACCCAUCCGAAGCAAUGGCUGUGUGCUGGAGGUCGUCCCCUUCAAGCCGAGCAAGGACUUGCCAAUGCGAGUGGUCGAGGAAGUGGUCAACUGCAUCGACCGGUUGCCUCGGCCUUUGAUGAUCCAGUGCACCAGCGCAAACCGGGCUGCCAUUGCCAUGUUGGCUUGGAUGGCCAAGAGGAGUGGAUACACUGCAGGCUCUGCAGAGCUGUUGGUCAGUGAUCUCCAGAUCGACACCGUGAAGCCCGAGGCACAAGCAUGGCUCCAGUCCUUCUUGCCUUCCUUGGGAAAGAGGGAUGGCGCUCCCCUCAUUGAGCGGAGUCCGGAGGUGAGGCAAUUCUACGACCCUGUGUCGAGCACUCUGUGGCAGACUAAGGGGGCCGGCCCCGCGGGGUCGGCCCCUCCUGGCCGUACCCACGUGGCCGUACGCGAGCCAAGGACAUAUUUGAUUGCAUGCCCAGCCACCAAACAAGCCGUGUUGAUCGACCCGGUCCUGGAGCAGAAGGACCGUGAUUUAAAGGCCAUCGGCGAUCUGGGACUACACUUGAAGUACGUCCUGAACACGCCCCGCGCUCAGAGGAAUGUUCAGCCGAUGUUCGACGUAGAAGAUCGCGUCAUGGCUCUCUCAGAUGCUUUGUGCUCCUUCCCUAGGCACUGUCACGCAGACCAUGUGACGUCCGGAGCUGCUAUUCGCAAAGACUUCCCCCACGUCCAGACCAUCAUCUCCAAGUCUUCAGGGGCCGAAGCGGAUAUCCACAUUCAGCACGGGGAGGAGGUAGGGUUCGGCGACCUCUCUUUGGAAGUCCGCGCCACCCCAGGCCACACCGAUGGCUGCGUGACUUACAUCUUGCGGACCCGGACGGCUACCUUUGCGUUCACAGGUGACACCCUGCUGGUUCGUGGAUGUGGAAGGACCGACUUCCAGCAAGGAAACUCCUUCACGCUCCAUGCCAGCGUGCACGAGCAGAUCUUCACCCUCCCGGAUGAUACGCUCGUCUGCCCUGGUCAUGACUACAAGAACAGGGGUUCCUCCACGGUCCUGGAAGAGAAGAUGCUGAACCCUCGGCUGACCAAGUCUGCAGAGGAGUUUGCCAAGUUCAUGGAAGGCCUUGGGCUGCCGAACCCCAAGCAGAUUGACAUCGCCGUGCCCGCCAACAUGGCCUGCGGCGUGCAUUUUGAUGCAUCUGAGAUGCUUCCGCUCCGGUGGCGGCCGGCCAUCUCCCGGCAAGACCCGGACGGUGGCGUGUUCGUCCCGCACCGGCCAGCAGGCCGCCGCCGCUUGUUGUACGCACGCGUACAUGGUGUCUCGUCUGGAUAUGGGGCAUUCUGGACGACUGUCUCCAACCGAGGUGCGAAGCGCCUCUUGGAGGCCUGGGCGCUUCCCAAACUGAAGCUCUACGCUGCGACAGAUCAGCUUGCCACACAGGACUUUGAAGCUGCCUCAACAGUGUCGAAGGCUGGAGAGCCAAUUACGCAGCGAUUUCUUCGGUGGGCCUGGACAAUCACAGGGUGCGCAAGCGGGCCAGAGGUGCGUGCUUCAUCACGUGUUGGAGCUAAGGUGUGGCAGACCGUCCUGAUCGGAACCGUGUAUAUUGUGACAAGUUCUACUUUGAUUUCGUUCAACAAGUUCCUGAUGCAGCCAGGGAGGUUCUCUCAUGCCGUGCAUCUCACAGCUAUUCAUAUGGUGGUGACCUUGUGCCUCUCACUGCUCUUCUACAGGGUGGCGCCGCAGCAUUACCCAUCCAUGGGCAUGGCCAAGGCCAACCUGUGGCUGAUCGCGAAGUGGAUCGCUCCUUUAGGUUUGCUGUUUGCCUUGGCCUUGUACUGCUCGAACCAGGCGUACAAGUACUCCAGCGUUGCGUUCCUCCAAUUCUGCAAGCAGGGUAACGUGGCGCUCAUGUUCUUCAUGUCGUGCGCAGUUGGAAGUCAGAUCUUUAGCUGGCAAAAGCUUGCCGUGCUCAGUAUAGUCAUUGCUGGCUGUACAACGUGUGCCCACGGGGAGAUUCAUUUUGUGAUGACAGGGCUUCUUCUCCAGCUCGCAUCGCAGCUGACGGAGUGCUCCAAGAAUUUGAUUGGUGAAGCCGUGAUGUCUGGAGCUGGUCUGAAGCUGGACGUGCUGACUUUCGUCUUGUUCCAGGCACCCUUUUCGCUGGUUUUCCUGAUUGUGGGAGUCGUUGUCACCUGGACCCCCGACGUAUGGACGGACUUCAUUAAGCAUUGGCAUUGGGUGAUGAUAAACGCCCUGAUCGCUUUCCUGCUGAAUGUUCUCAUUGCCGUCACCUUGAAAAAGCUCUCGGCGCUGUCCUUCGUCAUCAUUGGCGUGGUGAAGGACAUGGUCAUCGUGUCCUGUUCCGCGCUGGUCUUCGGCGACCCAGUCUCCCAGAUCCAGCAGGUCGGCUUCAUGGUGACGAUCGUCGGUGUGCUGCUAUGGAGCCGCCUGAAGAUGCAGGAGCAGGCUGCAAGAAUGCAGGAUCAGGAGCGACUCCCGUUCGCAAAGAAUGCCAAGCUCAAGGAGCCAAGACCGAGCUAG